AAAAUAAAUAAAAAAUUUUAUUUCACUGGAUAAUUAUUCUGAUCGGCUUAGUGACUUUGAACAAAUGUGGCCUAGUAAUAAAGAUAUUUUGAUAGAUCAUUUCACGCGCUGAACAUGCUCUUUUUGAUAACAUACUUUUUAGCCAUUCAUAGUGGAUUAGCCGGUUCUAUUCCUGCGGCUCCAGAAAAUAUUACAGUGACAUUUAUUAAUCCAACAUCAGUUCGUGUAAGCUGGCAACAACCAAUGGAUACUGCAUAUCCAAUUGAAAAAUAUGAUGUAACUUAUAAGCCAACAGAUGCAAGGGUUAUUGCGGUCGUGGCAGGAAAUAGUGAAGCAGUUGUGCUAGGUGGACUUAUACCUGAUACACAAUACCAAUUAGUUGUAGCAGCAAUUUGGAGUGGUAGAAAAUAUCGAAGUCGUGCCAUUAUUUUUAGAACAUUAGGUGAGACGGAAGAAUCACCGAGAACAUCACCACAACAAGACUUUCCAAUGGAUGGACCACCCAAUCCGCCUUUAGCCGAUCCACGAUAUCGAGAGGCUAACAUAUCUGUAAAUUCUACAACAACGACACGAGCACUUCCAACGAUACGUGGCAUCGAAGUAGGAAUUGUUGUUUUAGUUUUAUUCGUAUGGGCUGGAGCGAUAGCAUUAUUUUUUAAUCGAUGGGGCAAAAUUCGAAUGCUCUUACCUUAUCAACCUGAUUACAAACAAGAUCAAUUGAAAGUGCCUGGCACUGGUGUCUGCGCAGCAGGUGCCUGUAAUGGGCAACAUUCACAUCAGGUAACAUCACUUACGCAUAUUCAUCCUCAUUGGAAUACUGAUGAGCCAUCAACUGUGAUUGCUGACAGAUGUCAUAGGGCACGCAUAAAUUCAGCUAUUUUCGUAUCAUCAGAAGGCCGUGGAUUUGAUUCAAUUGAGUUCAUUCGACGUUAUGGUUCACAAAGUAUCCUCUGUCGAAAGGCAAAAAGUGCGGAAAACAUUCCUGCUGGCAACAGAAAUCGUCGAUUCUCAGAAAAUCCAUCAAGUAGUAAACUAUGGGAAAGUGAAGAAUAUAGAAACUCGCCAGCACGAGAGAAAAUUGAAUUGGUUGAGUGCUAUAAUGAUCCGUCACUAAAAAUUGUCAGCAUUCCAAAAAAAACGCCAAAAAAGCUUCUGGCAGCAUUACCGACAUUGAGCAUAAGUGGACCAUCACCAGCACCGUCUAGAAAUACAUCGCCAACAUCUAAUUCACCAACUAAAGAAGAGGAUGAGGAACAGCAAAAUUUUUUGUAGCUAAACGAGAAAACUUUAUUUGUAAAUACUAGUUGUAAACUAAACGAGCUGCUUGUGUAGUGAUCGAUGAAAGUAGAAAAUAUCAAAUAAGUUUUUAAAAAACAUCAUAAAAUUUAUAGAAUUAUGUUUAAAAAAUUCAUUUCAUCAUCUGCGUAUCCAUUUUUUAUAUCGCUCAUAAUACCCG